AUGGUUGCGUCGAGAAGCCCGGACCAGCCGUCGGCUCAGAAGAAGCGGAGAAGACCUGCCCUGGCAUGCGAACAAUGCCGCCGUCGAAAAGUCCGCUGCGAUAGAAACCUUCCCUGCAACACCUGCAUCCGCUCCAAGCACGCCCUCUGCACAUACACCUCGCAAACAAAGCCGGCACCCAGGAAGAGCCCCAAACAUGGCGCUGAAGGUACCGAGGGCACCAUUCACACGGCUCUCCGCCUGCCAGACCCCAUUCUCCCGGCGUCUCAAUCCCUGCGAACCAUGAGACACCCAGUCACUUCCACUUCCUCUUCCGCCGCUUCAAGCACACCCCUUGCCGCCCACACACGGCUAGAGAACUUCAGGGAUCCCGUCCACGGUUCUACCAACCCCAACGAGUCUGGUUUGGGGUUCCCCGAGCCAAUCGCUCCGACUUCAAGGGCCCUGUCGGAGGCAUCUCCCGCCACGCACGACGCCAGGAAUCUCGAUGGACACCCGCUCUUCACUUCGGACCCCAGCUCCGGGGAACACGCCGGGCCGGCAGACUUUGGACCCUGGCGGCCCGUCAACCCCACGCGACCUCCGGCGGCCGUCAGUGUGAGAGCGGAGACCGCCUCGACUCCCGGAAGCUGCCCCGGCUCCUCGUCGACGGUGAAUUCUCUCGUCGAUCGAGUGAAACAGCUCGAGCAGCAGUUGUCAGACCUGACUGUGAAAUAUGGAGCUCGAGAGGAAGAUGUAACUCAGCCUGCUCCUGGUUUCCGAGAGGGGUUGAGAUACAGCCGGGGUUGCGUCAGCAAGACUCGCUAUUUUGGCCAGAGCCACUGGAUGAACGCGGCCGAUAUGUUGUAUCGCCUCGUCAACUUUGCAAGAAAGUUUGAGAAUCGUCGAUCAUCUGAGCUCUACAUCGACCUAGAAAAGUGCAAAAAGCUGGGACGCAUAAUCAAAGCCCGCCGGACCCCCUCAUUCAGCUCCAUUUCAACCGGCAAGAGUAUGCCCUCCAGAGAACUAGCUGAUGCCCUCAUCAACAACUACAUCCGAACCUUUGAGUCCAUCCACCGCAUCAUCCACGUCCCGACCUUCAAGGCGGACUACGAGAAGUACUGGGAGAACCCUUCCGAGGCGACCGACUCCUUCAUCAUCACCAUGCAGCUGUGCAUGGGCAUCGGCGCCACCAUGCACGACGAACGCUUCACCCUCCGAUACUUGGCCAUCCAGUGGUUCUGGGAGGCCAUGUUCUGGCUCAUUACGCCGUGUGAGAAGUCCAAGAUGACCAUCUCCGGGCUGCAGAUCCGCUGCUUGAUGCAUUACCUACGACAAACGGCCAAUAUCGGCUGUGAUCUCACUUGGAUCAGCGCAGGCGCCCUCAUUAGAACGGCCAUGUACAUGGGACUACACCGCGACCCCAAGUCGAUCAUCAAAAUGUCUCCAUACCGCGCUGAAAUGCGUCGGAGGCUAUGGGUCACGAUCUUGGAGAUAACCCUGCAAACGAGUAUUGACUCUGGCGGUCCGCCUCUCAUCUCAAUGGACGAUUUCGACACGGAAAUACCUGCGAAUCUUGACGACGAGCAACUCGUCGAAGACGGCGACUCAACCUUUCCCGUGCCCAGAGAUCCGGGUACACAUACGCAGAUGACGGUCCCACUAGCAGUGUUCGAGACAUUUGCAACACGGCUUGCCGUGACAAAGCGCGUCAACGAGUUUCGUUCAGACACAGUCUACGAAGAGACUCUACGGCAUAGCAAUGAACUCAGCAAAUCACUCCAGAAGAUGAUGCAGCAGCUCAAGGCGCACCCGGCGGUGACCUCUUUCCAGCUUCGGUACGUCCAGUUCCUGAAUUACCGACUCUUCUUCGCCCUCCAUCACCAAAUCGCCCCGCUGGCGCAGAGAAAUCCGGUCUACUACUUCUCUCGCAAGAUGGUCGUCGACACGGCGCUGCGGCUAUGCGAGGUAGCCUUCCUCAGUCCCGAUAAGUCCGGCACCGGCGCCACGGUGAAGCCCGCAACCCCUUCCGAGGUGGACUUCCACCGCCUGACGAUCAACGGCGCCGGGUUCUACCGGUCUAUCCCCUUCCAGGGCAUCAUGACGCUGGGGCUCGAGCUCAUCAACACCAAGGAGGAGGAGGCCAGGAACGGGUACUCCGUGAUCUACAGCGGCGCCGAGGACCAGUUGCGCAGCAUCCUCAGCGCCGCCUACGACUGGUCGCGGGAUCGGAUCCUAUCCGGGGAGACGAACAUCAAGGGCCACGCGCUGAGCGUGUUGCUCAUUGCUCAUAUUCAUGGGUUGGAGCAGGGAGUUAGCGACGACAAGAUUGAGGAGUUCUUUGAGGAUGCGUGUAGGGAGCGGGUCAAGGAGUGCUAUGAUCUGCUCAAGGACUUGGCCGGAGGCGAUUUGCUUGAGGAGGGGGUGAGUAUGCCCGAUGUCCACGAUUUGGAUAUGGAUUUUGAAGCCGGUGUCGACAUGCUCGGAGACUGGGAUUGGGGAUCCAUGGACAAUAAUGGGUUCGGGUUCAGUUCCAUUAUGAACUUCAACGCCAUGCCGGAGAUGUUCUCACAGUGA